AUGACGUCUGCAGUCAUUUCAGCUAUGGCCAUCGCAAAGGAGCACCUGCAUCUCAACAACAAGAAAAAGCCAGUGGUGGAGAAGAUGCACAGAGAUCGUAUCAACAGCAGCAUCGAGCAGCUCAAGACACUCCUGACUCCAGAGUUCCUCAACCAGCAGCCCAACUCCAAACUGGAGAAAGCAGACAUCCUGGAGAUGACGGUCAGCUUCUUGAGACAACAGCAGCAGAAACAGUCUCAGCGAAAAAUGCUGAACCACUUCCAGAACCUGUAG